GUCAGCGCUGGGAAGAUGGCCGCUCUCGCCAGCUCCCUCAUUCGCCAGCGCAGGGAGGUCAAGGACCCCCAGGCAAACCGGCAGAUCGCCAGCAAACGCAAGCCCUGCCCAAAGAGCAACAAGUCGCUCUGCCAAAAGCAAAUCCUCAUAUUAAUAUCGAAGGUUCGACUAUGUGGCAGUCGAGGGAGAAAAAUGGAAAAAAGACCAGAGCCCCAGCUGAAGGGCAUCGUCACGCGGCUUUACUGCAGACACGGCUUCUACCUCCAGAUGCUGCCGGAUGGCACCAUGGAAGGCACAAAGGACGAAAGCAGCUCCUUCUUGCAGUUCAACUUGAUUCCUGUGGGGCUCAGGAUAGUGGCCAUCCAGAGUACCAAGACAGGGCUCUACGUUGCCAUGAACAGCGAGGGCUACCUCUACACUUCGGAACACUUCACGCCCGAGUGUAAGUUUAAGGAGUGUGUGUUUGAGAACUACUACGUCACCUACUCGUCCAUCCUGUACAGACAGACCCAGUCAGGACGGGCGUGGUAUAUCGGCAUCAACCGAGAUGGACAGGUCAUGAAAGGGAACCGUGUCAAGAAGACAAAGGGAGCUGCGCACUUCCUGCCCAAACUCAUUGAAGUGGCCAUGUACCGGGAGCCCUCUCUACACGAUGUUGCUGAGCAGAGUCCGCCCAGGAAAACGCCUAAGACCUCCAGUGACUCACCCGUGCUCCAGAAUGGCAAGAAGGACCCUCAAUCCAAAACCAAAACCUCCACCUCCUAGCGCUCAGAGACACAGGUGGGAGAGGAGGGGUGGAGGACACGGGGCACUGGGCACCAGCGGAACACCUGAACAGGGUAGUUAGGGCUACCCCCCCGCCUGCAACACUGACCCCACCAGAACUUUGCGUACCACAAUGCACUGGUGUUAAGUUGAAGAAAAAGGUCCGGGCAGAGUGGAGCUGGCCAGUGGGAAGCCCCUUUUACCCUUCACAGACCCCCAUCCACACCAGCCCUCCACCUUCUUAUUAGAUAACCUCUGUGAUUAUCAAAGCCUGGGAUAUAAAAGCAAUAACUCCAUGACGAGGUGAACAGUCACCUAGCAUCGUAUAGCAUGUCACCACAGCGUGUUUAACCUGCUGGAAGGAAUUCCCACACACACUCUCUAGCCAUCAACAGUGACAUCCUUCCAGUCAACCAAAUAUUCAAGCAAAGUCUUCCUGGUUUUACCACAAAGGGUGCAACGGUCAAAUGGGUCCCUAUGCAGCACAUACUUUACAAAUGGGUUGUGUUCUCAUUUCCCCACAGGGUUCCAUGCUAAUGUUAGCCUGACACAGAGCCAUGCUAAUGUGAGGCUGUCACAGAGACCCUUGCAGACUUUUGUUCUGCAGCCAUCUGCUCGGUCCACAUCUUCUGCGUGUGUCAGCGACUUUGUGAGAUGGCCUGGAUACUUGUCAGCCCUGUUUGUGUGUAUGUGUGUGUGAGAGAGUGUGUGUGUGUUCCCUUCUUCCAUUCACCUUUGGUGCGAUUUGAUUAGUUUGUGACAUGGACUCAAUUUUCCACUCCGCGGCACAAGAAAACCCCUCCCGUCCUCUCCGGCUCUGUUAAUGGAAUCUGGGGCUGAUCAGAAUCUUUCGACCCUUAAACGAGGGGCCAAGAGCUCUCUCGACACACCGCAUAACCACGCACACACUCAUUAUUACACUGACAUUUACACACGAGCAGAGGUGUGUGCACACACUUUAGCACCCUGAUAUCCAUGAGCGACGACCGCGGAAAAUGAUCUCACGACUUAACACACUUAACACAAUGACAUGCAUUAACACACACUCACAAAUGCACACACACAUACUGAUGUGGUGGUGGUGAGUGUGUGUGCGGGUUCUGGGAGAUGAUGAGGAUAUCAUCAGUGAGAUGGGGUACUGAUGGAGCCUGACUGUGUAUCUUGUGAUUGCACUGCAAUAGCUUUUUUCACUGUGGCUGGCCAUGCAUUGCACAAACCCCCAAGGCCCACACUAUCUAUGGACCCUGUAUCACACUAUGUGGCAUUCUUGUCUCAAAACACAGUAAAAAAAAAAAAAAAGUGUUUUUAUUUAAUAAUUGCAUCCAAAUUUGUACACCAAUUUAUGUCGAAUGAAGAAAAUACUUUUGUGCACCCCAUGCCAGAAAUAUUCUGUGUACUGUACGUACAGCUGUUUUUUCAGGUGGCACUUCACCCAUUUUAGUCACCCAAAGUCAUUGGGAGUAGUGCCGAGCCUGUAAAAAUAGUUGCAUAGUGUCUUCUGUGGCUGUGGGGGAGCUUUGUCUACAGCUAUGUCUGAGAAAAUGACUCCAGUGACAUCAUUUGAGCAAUCUUUGGUUUGGAUUGGAGACGGUACCACAAAGGCCUAAAAGUGAGAGCCAAACCUUAGCUGUACUGGCACCUUUAAGACACAAGCUAACUUAAAGCCACCAGUUGGUCACCCAAAGCUAUAUUGUUGCUCAGUUUAAUUCAUUACAGACUAGUGAUGCACAUGUCAACCCACAAACCACAGGUCGGGCGGUUCGGCGGUUAAGUUUUUAAAAAAAUAUAGAGGGUUUCGGUGGGGUGGGUCAUUCAGUUACGAAGCAGCAUUCUGAGUAAGUUAUUAAUAACUUACAGAACUGUUGUGCAACAGUUCACCUUCCACCUACUCUUCCCCUCUCUAUGUCUCUCUCACACAGCAAGCCGCUUUCUCAUUGGUGUUGCUGUGCUCAAGCUUUCCAUUAUUCAGGUUUUGACCAGAAAAAUCCAUUUAAGUCCAACAUUUUGAAAUCUCUUCGGUCAUAAUGUCCGGUAAAAGCGUUUCCCUUGUGACAAUAAGUAGGCUGAACACUGUUUCCUAAUAGCAAUCAAGCAUCUCUCUGUCCGCACUGAAUCCAUUAAAUAUGCACUUCUGUAACAUCAUGGAAACAAACCACACAGGAUAUUAGCUGUAGGCUCAAGAUAGUACUUAAGACGUAACCGCUUUAAAGAAGUGUGCUUGCUGUCUUCCUAUGUUUGCCCUUUUUAAACAGAGAACAAGAUUUAUAUUGACAAAUUUGUUGAAAAUGACAACAUAGCCAACAGUAAGCAGUUAUAAGUGGAGUGGACUCUGCGAAGAAUGUCUGCAGCCAUUCGGGCUUCCAUAGUCGAGUGCACUUCCGCCUUGUAGUUUCCUGUAAUAAUGUCUGUGAAAAAUCCCUGCGAUGUGAAAAAUACAUGCCGAGCCAUCUUUUGUGUGAGAUUUUGGUGUAUUAUGCUAGCAGCUAACAUAGCAUUGAGUUGCUGGUAUCAAGCAGGAAUAAGGAGGCUACAGAAGUCUGGUAACCUUGCUUCUUUCUGACUCUACUUCCACAGAUCUUGUUUCAUUUUCAGACUUGUAGUUUUCAGCCUCAACUGUUGACUCUGACUCAUGUGACAUCACUUGAGGCAAUUUUUCAUAUUUAACACAGUUCCCCCAAGUGCCACUAAAGGGUGUACUUUUUUUUAACAUAUGCUGUAGUACUCCCAAACACCUGUAAAAAGGUUUUUGUUUGUUUGUUUUGUUUGUUUGUUUUAAAACAGACACUUCUAAUGAUUUAACACAAAAUAUGUGAGAUCAUCGAAGUUCCCAUUUCAAAUACCAUUUGAAAAUAACCAAACCUGAACCCAAAACUUUAUGCAACAAAAUGGUUUGGGAGCCAGAACAAUAAAAAAUGAGGUGUUUACCAGACAAGAAAGAUCUUAUGAAAGAUGCCACCACAAUGCAUUAUGGGGAGUGUAGGAUCCAGUGAUGUUUUUGGAGCUUGAUCUGUAGUAAAGACUAAAAGUCAAGAUAUCUCAGCCUCUGCUGCUUCAGUUUUGACCAUUCUUUUUUUUAACUGUCUCUUUCAAGUCCCCCAACCUCAUGGAAGCGCAAUACCAAAUCACUGGCGUGGCCCUUUAAGUCUUCAUUUACUCAUGGGCCAGUCAAUAAAGCUCUGUUCAUGGCAUGUAACAACACCAUGCUUCACCUGAAACACUUGUUCAUUCAAAUUUUCCUUAAUCUGUUUCCUAAUGUGUUCAAAUGAAUUACCGUAAAUCUCUCCUGGAGACUUUGGUUAUGAUGCAAAGGAAUUCAAGCCUUCUUUUUCUUGUCAUUUCACUAUAAUAUUAUGACUGUUUUGUUAGGCGGAAAAAUCAAACACCAAAGUCAUAUAAAUAAUGCAGUUGAUAAUUUGGUUAGAUAGUGAUGGAUAGUGAUUCUAAAAAAGAAGAUGGAACGAUAGAUGUGUUACAUUUACUUUGAUCACAUUUCUUUCAGUGUUUAUUCAGUAGACUCUCUUGGUAAAGAAUCUUACUAUUUGAAAUAUUUCACUAUGCUUGUUCGGGAGACCUUGUCUUGUGUGUUUCCAUUUGUUCUUUCCAUUCAACACGAAAAGCAAUCAUUUUUCAUAUCAAACUUCCUUGGUACAAUAUGCCAGGCAGGGUAAUUGUUUCUGCCUAAUGUUUAUGUAUUGUGGGAAGCGAGGGAGUCCUAUGUUUUCGGGAGGUAGAGGCGAGGUUAGAUUGAUGAUCAGGGCUCGGAGAGAGGGAUCGACCAAAGAAAAGAAAAUGGAGAAGGAGAGAGAUUUUUAGGGCAAACAAUUUGGGGUGAUGAGUGGAAGAAAAGGAGUUUUAAGAGGGAAUUAUGGUAAUGUGGACGGCAUUCCCUGAGCACACGCACACACACACAUUUACACACACUUCUCAUUUCAUGCAUAAUCCUCCACUCCCCUGUAACCUGUGGUUGUAAAUAAUAAUAGCUGAUAACCCGUGCAGAAUAGAGGCGAGCUGCUGAGCAAAUUAAUCUGCUACCUGAGAGAUGAGGCAAACUUUACCUCUGUUUUCCCGGGGAGAGAAAGAGAACAGAUUAGUUUACAGGAGAACGAAAAUAGGUGGUUUGAGACGAGGGAAAGGAAAGGAGACGGAGAAAAAGAGAUUUAACAAAUAAACUAUAAGAAGGAACAAAGAAAAGGAAACUGAAGCUAUACUUAUAUUUUUUCUGAUUUACUGAACACAAGCUACUGUUAAAACCUCACUUACACACUCAAGACCUUAAUUAAACUGUUAAAUAGACCCUCAGGUCGGCGUGUCCGACCAGUCACCCCCUAUGGAUCACUAAAUCCAGAACACAAUGUUUGAGUAUUAUUCGCUAAGUAAUUACACGACUGUUUAAUUAAAUGAGGCUCCUGCCCACUAGAAUAGAAUUAAGACUGUGUGGGGCUAGAUAGAGAGAUACUUUUAGAUAGGAGAGGAGGAAUUCAGCAAAUAGAUAUAGCCAUGACUUCUGUGAUAACUACUACUGUAUGUUUUAAGGGCUGGGAAAUCUAUGUUGCAAUAUUUUCUUACCUAUGUGUCAUGUUUGUUUUCAGAUAUUGAAUUAAAUGAAAAACAGCUGUCAGAGUUAAGGGCUAAAAACUUUAGUUCAAGCAAUUACCAUGGAAAAAAUGAAGAACAGUAAUGUCUGCUGUAGAUUAAGUUCAGAUUAGAGACAUAGACAUGGGUCAGUCAUGCUCAUAAGCCUGCAUUACACACUGGAGAUAUAGGGCAAGGAGGGUCUAAUGAAAGAUGAGCUGCAUUAUGGGAAAUGUAGGAUGUAACAUUUUUUAGAACUUGACCUAUACAUGACUAGGCCUGUCAUGAUAAUUACUUUUGUUCGACGAUAUAUAUUCUCCAUAAAAUAAUGUAAAUUUGAGACCAUUUCAUUAGCGUGAUACAAUAAUUUAAUAGCAUAAUAAUGCAAGUUCACUUUGUCAAAGGGGUAUGGACUUUAAAUUCCUAAGAAUAUUUAGACAUUGGAAUUGGAAUAUGAAAAAAUAUGUAUAUUUAUUUACAAAACAGUAAGUACCGUAAAACUUCUAUAAGUAGCCUGGGCUAUUAUUUGCUUAAAUCACUGUAAUCAACAGGUCUUUAUAUGGGACAGGCGUCUUUUUGAUCCGAGGACCCUUACAGACUAAAGGAAUGUGAAUAACUUACAGGGAAAUCAAAGAAUUGACACAUAGUUUAAGGUAGCCAACAACCCGAAGAACUUACAUUAAAAAAAGAAAUGAACUGCUUCGCAAGCAGACCAGGCCUCUAAUUGAGAAGGACGUUUAUUUGUAAAAAUGUGUAGCCACACCGGGCUAGUAAAAGAGACUGGGUGUUAAAUUGGGACUAGGCUUUUAAUUGAAGUUUUACAGUAACACUUGUUAAUAUUUACAAGAAAGUACAUUUAAAAUUAUAGUACUGUUCAAGGAGUAGUUCAAAAUAAUGCAGUUUGAGAGUUAAUAUGAAUUCGGCUAGCAAAACCAAAACCAAGUGAUGCGUCUUGUGACCAAUAGACAAGCUCAGUGAAGCUCACACUGCGGUUACCUCCAUAAUUCGGCCUGUGUGCUGCAGUCAGCUACUGGAGAUUGACAGUCUAGGUGUCAGGCAGUUUGCUGGUGGGUUUACAGAGUAGAGGAUGAAGUUGUUCGAGGGUAAAACAACAAACAACUGACUUUUUGGCUUGUUGCCAGGGUUUGGCUAGCUAACAACUAUCAGGACUGCGCCUCCUCCACUUGAAAAUCGGAGCUGCAGGCUACGGGUAAGCUACACUGUGGCAUCUUUAAAGUGUUGUUUUAUUUUUCUUCAGACUGGUCAGGAAAACCCUGCUGUUUUUUUCUAGCAUCAUGUUGACUAACGUGGAUGACAUUUUUAUGUAAAUACACAGGCAAUAUUGAGGCAGGCAAAAUGAUGGUCAUGUACAUAUAUGGUGCAAUAAGCUGAUAAUGUAAUUAUCAUGACAGGCCUAUAUACAACUAGAAGUCAGUGACCAUUGUUUUUUAAACCUGCAUCUGGUGAGUCCCGCAACUUUAUGGAAGUGCAGCACUAUAUUGCUUGAAGAGCCCCUUUAACCCUCAAAAUAAAUGCAGUAUUAUUUUCUGUUGAUGCAUAUAUGCCUCUACAAAUGCAAAAAAAAAAAAAAAAAGAAUAAUGGCGCAUAAUGGCAUUUCUAGACGAGAGGAUUCAGACUUUAUUAGUUUGAGAUAUUCGUAGGGCUACAAUCAUCUCAUUUCCUGCCUCAGACUCUGCAUUAAAGUGACUUUUAAAGCAACGAGAGCCAAGAUUUUAUUAAACCAAGCCAUCGGAUCUCAUGACUGAGCGCCAGUCAACACUAACAUCUAGUGAGUGACAGAUUCCUAUCUCAGUUUGCUGAGAUAUUCACAGUGUGUGUGAAUCCAUUACAGAUGAUCCAUCGGCCACUUACAGUUGCAUCAAUCACGAGUAUCAUUUUGCCGCCGCAGAAUAUGCAGAUAGAUUAUCUUUUUAUUCCAGUUUUAUUUGAAUACUCAUCCUCAAGCUGUUCAGCAAGAUUGACUAUUUUACGUUAGCGCUCAUACUUUUUUGAGCAGUCUGACAAAUAGUCUUCUAUUUUUUCAUUCACAUCUGUAAUAUUGUAAAUGUAUUAUUUUGCAGAUGCUGUCUUUUGUAAUCAGAUUCAUGCUGUUAGAUGUUACCUGUUAGUGGAGCGUUAUUAAUAUAUUUGGGGAAGCAGGUGGGGGCAAAGAUUUUAAAAGAGGAAGUGUGAAAAUGUGAUUUCACUUUGCAGAAAGGUAGAUAACAAACUUGUUUAUUGCUGUUGAAAGUGUGCAUGCGUGUGCGUGUGUGUGUGUGUGUGUGUGUGUGUGUGUGUGUGUUUAUCACUGACGUGUGUUUUGCAGCAUUCACACUCACCCAUUUGUCUCUGCUGUGAAUCCUUUGUUGUGAAGCCCCAAAUCAGCUUCUCUGUUCCAGCCUGUCUGCUCCUCCGGCCUUCGGGCUUCACUUCAAACAGUUCCGUGUGAAUUACAGGAUGUAAAGAUUGCCAUUUAUCUCGGUGGCCGUCUAUGUGAGCACAUGUUUGAUUAGUGAAACCCCUUACCUUCCCCCAGUGGCUUAAUUUACUGCUUUUAACUCACUGAUAAAUGUCUUUGGAUUCAGCUCUUAACUGUUUAAUAUUGGCCCUCGGCUUUGCUAUUUCUUUGGAGCAUAUAUGAAAAAAAAGAUGGGAGAGGUGUGCAUGUGUGCGCAUGGAUAUCAGAGGGGGGUUAAAUGAUGUAUAUCUGAUUCAGCUGCACGCUUCGCACAUCACACAAACACACACACCUCUCUCCCCGGGGGACUCCCCUCCCUCCCAUUUCUCCCAAGUCAGGGCCCUCCCUGCUUACUGAGCGAAUUACAACUGCAGCGAGGGUCAUCCGGGGUUGUGAAGGACUCAGAGAGAGAAGAGAGAGAGGCAUGUGUCACGUAUUGUAGUGUAGCUAACUCGUGCCCUCGCAGCCUCCCUUUGAAGUUUCACUACCUCUCCGAUCCCUUCUUUUUUUGCAAACACAACUUCCCUUUAACCUGGCGGCGGUAUGUGUGUGCAUGUGCGUGUGAAUGCUGGUGUGUGUUUUCUAGAUCUCACUCAUCAGCUUUGGUGUUUGUGUGUAAUCGUUUUGUAACCGUGAUUGAAUAUCUCUGUGUGUCCAAUAUAUGUGAGGGAAUAAAGUACAGGCAGAGAGAAAGGGAGGGAGGAAAAUAGAGGAUAAAUCAGAGGCCAAAUCAAUGAGUACGAGUCCUUGGGCAGAAAGCAAUAAACUCCAUUAACAAGGUGCAGGCACAUUAUCUGGGAGGGUGUGAAAAAAAGGGAUUAAUAUUGAUAUAGAAACCAACUGCGUGUUUUAUUAGAGCUUUUAUUUUUCUAACACUUUGCCCUUUUUGUGAGCUGGGUUGCUGUUAAAGUGUGCGUGCGUUACUUUGAGGUGGAGUCCCUUCACCACAUCUGCAAUGCAGCAGAAAACACAAAAAAAAGAGAGGGAGGAAGAGAGAGGCUCACGUGACAAAAGAGUGACGCCGUCCUCGGACAGAUUUUCUCACUCUCUCUGUUUUUUUCCCCCCAGCUGCUUCAUAAAAAGUGCUUUUAUACUGGAAUCCAGAGGCUGAACACUUCAUGUCACAUCCUGUGUAGUGGUUACCAUCGCGUUAAGUUCAUAUAUAAAAAGAAAAUCGGUCUGUGUUUUUAAAAGCACACCCACAGUCCCUGGACACAUCUGCAUUGCACACACACAUUGCACCCUGCACCAAGCCGGCACAGAUGUGGCUAACUGGGGGUGACCUUUACAAACACAUCAUGGAGGGACUUCACCUCUUACAAGCUAAUGCACCAACUAUGUUUAAGUGGUGACUUUACAUUGUAAACGAUGCUGAAAUGUUUUUUUCAAGUGUUUGGAUUGUGUUUUGGGUGUUUCUCAGUGGAAGUCCUGUGACUUGUGAUGAAAAGAAACUCUGAGUAUUGGUAUGAAUCCUUGUUGGUAUGUCCAUGUGUUGAUUUGAUGUGUUUAUUUUGCUGUUUAAAUGCAUAUCCAUGUCUGUUCUGUCAUACUAAGGGAUGUUGAGCUCAAUCUACAAAGAGAGUAACACUGAAGUAUGCCAUGGCUGUAGGGUCUUAAACCUCCCGAUCCCCCCCCCCCCCCCCCCCCCCCCCCCCCCCCCCCCCCCCCC